CAAUUAUUGCGGGUGUACAAAAGACGAGAAAGACAAAGAUGGCUAUCCGUAAGAAGGACGGCGGUGCUGAUUUCAAGUUUUUUGAGUCCGCUGACAUUGCUUCCCAGCUUGAUAAUGUGAAAUCAUGGCUUCAAAGAAAUUGCAAGAGGUGGAUCCAGGCUGAGCCUCCCACCAAUAAGAGCAUUGCAAGUAUGCUUGCUCAGCUUAUACAGUUCCAGGAAGAUGCCUUUGGGAGACAUGUCAGCAACCCUCCUCUGACCAGAGUACCUCAAAAAGUCUUUCUGGAUUUCAAGUCAGGAGGGGGUCUUUGCAAUGUUCUCAUGGCUGUAUACCGAUUCAAGAGUGAACAGGGAUGGAGACGAUUUGACUUCCACUCCCCGUCACGCAUGGACCGCAACGUAGAGAUGUUCAUGCAGAUCUCCAAGACGCUGAUCCAGAACAAGUGUUUUGUCUUGCCCCAGGUCUGCAUCCACAGCAGUGUGGAGCCAAAGCUUGCCGCUAAGCUCACUGAUAUUGUAAAGAGACACCAGGGUACAGUUUCUGAAGACCCUGAAGUAGCGACUCACCUUGUAUUUUCUCCUCCAAUACCUCUGGCUGAAGGUGAGGAGUACCUGAGACCCAUUGGACGUAAAGAGCGCUCCACGCUGGUGCAUUGGUGGUACUACCCAGACAGUUACGAUACCUGGGUACCAUCCUCAGAAGUACAUGGUGACCCUGAACACCUUGCUACAAUGGAUGGACCCUGGGAGGUGAAUGCCAAAUGGAUCUUAGAUCUGGAUGAGUUCAACGAAUGGAUGAAUGAAGAAGAUUAUGAGAUGCAAUUAGACGGUGAGGAUAGAGUUGCCAUCACCCCUGCUAUUGGACGCACCCGGAGACGAGCAUACCCAGCAAGGCCCAUUGCAGAUGAUGGUUCUACCGAUGGUGACCAUGAGAGAGGUAUGAACAAGCGAGGGGGCCCUGGUAAGAAAAGGAAGCGAUCGCCGUCUCCACCACCUGACAAACGAAGAAAGAAACCUGGCAGGAGCCCAGCACCAGGAGCCAAGAAACGUGGAGCCAAAGAUGAAGAGGAAGAUCUAACAAAAGACCUUGAGAACCCUCCCUCUGUCCCAUCGCUGCAGGAGGUGGAGCUACCAAAAGUUGUUCCAGGCAGCAGGAGUGGUAAAGACAAUGAAAUGCAACCUGUCAAAAGUGGAACAAUGAUGGAUCUAGAUGAAAACAAGGAAGAGCCCAUGGACACCAAUAAGGCUGAUGAAUCCCAGAGCAGUUCCAUUGUCAAUGGAGAAGAGAAAGACAGGAAUGCUGCACCUGAUAUCCAUGAAGAUAAUGUUACAGAGCAGACCCAUCACAUCGUGGUACCAAGCUAUUCUGCAUGGUUUGACUACAACAGGGUACAUGCAUUCCUGGAGCAGUGGGGUUUGGUCAAUUACCAAGUAGAUGCUGACAACAAGGCCACGCCCAUGGGACCUCCUCCUACCUCACACUUCCAUGUUCUGGCCGACACCCCUUCAGGCCUGCAGCCGGUACAGGCCAGCAAGUCAGGAAGUGGAGCAAAGCAAUCUAACUCAACUCAGAUGAUGAACAUGACAGAUAAGGAUGGCGCCAAGGAUACAAAGAGCACAGACCUGACAAACUUUGGACUUAGACAAGACAUGUAUGCAACCAAGAAGUCUCAAAUAUCAAAGGCCAAGGGAACAUCAUCCAGUAACAUCAAGGAAUGGACAGACCAAGAGACCCUGCUCUUACUUGAAGCCCUUGAGAUGUACAAGGAUGAUUGGAACAAGGUCUCAGAGCAUGUCGGUAGCAGAACCCAAGAUGAGUGUAUUCUCCAGUUCCUCAGACUUCCUAUCGAAGAUCCUUAUCUUCAUGAUGGUCCAUCUGCCCUAGGUCCUCUUGCCUACCAACCCAUCCCAUUCAGUCAGUCAGGGAAUCCCUUGAUGAGUACUGUGGCAUUCCUUGCUUCAGCCGUAGACCCUAGAGUGGCAAGUGCUGCAGCAAAGGCAGCUAUCGAGGAGUUUGCCAAGAUGAAAGACGAGGUGCCCACCACCCUGGUAGACGUCCACAUCCGCAGGGUCGAGGAUGCAGCAGAGAAGGGUCUCCUGGACAACAAGUACCUCCUGGGUGUGAGUGGCAUCGCAGGUACCAACGAGCAGCAGGAGGGGGAGACCAAGGAUCAGGAGCAGCAGCAGCAACAGAAGCCAGGAGAAGGUGGAGACAAGGAGUGGACCGCCACUGCUACGGAAGGAGACAAGGAGGAGGACAGCAAGGAUCAGGUGCCUAUCGUGAAAGAAGAGAACAAAUCCCCGGCCAAGCCGCCUUCCCAGGAUGAGACUCCAUCGUCAACAGAGGGCGCUGCAAAAGAAGGCGAAGACCAAGCACAGCCGAUGGACACCAGCGAUGGCACCACGGCACCACCCGCCCCAACACAGCUUCAAGAGCAGCAACCUUCCCAACCACCGAAGGAACUGACACCACCAGCCAUAGAGAUCAAGAAGGAAUCCGGAGAGACGGAAGGAAUGACUGAUGGAGAGGAGGGAGAGAAGAAGGAUGGAGAGAGCGGAGAAGGAGCAGUAGAGAAGAUGGAUGCAGGUGGAGAUGCUGGUGAAAAGAAAGAAGGAGAAGAGGCAAAGGAAGAGGAGGCCAAAGAGAAACCAGACAAAGUGAAAAAGUUUGAAGAGACCAUAGACACUGGAAACCUUGCAACUGCUGCUGCUUCUGCACUGGCGGCUGCUGCAGUCAAAGCAAAACACCUUGCUGCAAUGGAAGAGAGAAAGAUCAAGAGCUUAGUAGCCCUCCUGGUGGAGACACAGAUGAAGAAGCUGGAGAUCAAGCUCCGUCAUUUUGAGGAGCUGGAGACAAUCAUGGACAGGGAGAGAGAAGCUUUGGAGUAUCAGAGACAGCAACUUCUGGCCGAUCGUCAGCAGUUCCAUCAGGAGCAGCUUAGAGUAGCCGAGAUGAGGGCACGCCAGCACGCCCAGGCUAUGGCAGCCAUGUCCCAGGCACAGUCAUCAGGCUUUACUCAACAGCCAUCCUCGGCAGCACCGCAACCUAGUAGCAUGACACAGGUGACCACGUCAACGGCAACAUCGGUAACGUCAGCAGGAGCUGUGCCACCACAACAACCUAGUCAGCAACCCGGUGUCCAACCAUCUGUGCAACCACAAACACAGCAACCAGCAGGAUCUGGUAGCAUGCCAACUGGGCAGUCCCAGGAUGCAUCGGGGGAAGCAGUGCCCGCUACUGGUCAAGAACAAGGCAACUCCAAUCAACCUCCCCAACUAGCUCCAUCAGUUGAAGCUGGGGCUCCUGUUUCUGAUGCCCCUGGUGUGCCACCCUCCCAAGAUGCCCCACCCCCAGAGUCAAGUGACAAACCUAUGGAGACUACCAGUGGCAGUGAUGUAAAGGAUUCUGAAGAAGCAAUGGAUACCAGUGAUGUACCCAGCAAACCAGAUGGAAGUACCCCCUCUAGUGAGAGUAAAGAAACAACCCCACCAUCUGGUGAGAUAUCUGCAAUGGAAACAGAUAGCAAGGAAGCCCCACCCACCAGCACAGAAGCUGAGGGUGAAGUCAAACCACCAAGCAGUGAUGGGGGAGACGGGAAGAAACCAGAGCAAUUGGAGACCAGUUCAGAACCCAAACCCUCCUCGUAACCCUCUCAGUAACCAUGACAACCGUGUAUCAUCAAACCAUUCCCUGAAAGUCAAGGCAAUCUUCUCCAUUUAUCUUGAUUCUCAACUGUUUAUCAUAGAUGAAUGAUGUUGCUUCAGCUUUAUGUAAUAAUAAUGCCCAUAAAAUAUCCUAAACGGGAGGAGAUGUAAAGAAAUUGUAGAAAACAGUUCAGUGUAAUUUGCAGAUAAUUGCAAUUUAUUUAUAAACGUCUUUGUAAAGGCAAGUCAUUUAUCAUGGCCUGUUUUGAUGUAAAUAUUGUACAUGUUUAGCUAUCCUUGUAGUGCCUCGUUUUUGUUCAUUUUAUAAGAUAGUGUAGGGGAAUGGGAUUGGAAUAUUCCUUUAUCAUCAAGGAAAAAUGUUGCUUGAAACAGAAAACUGUACGAUAUGUUUCUUUCUACUCUAAGCACAAGUUAUAAAUGUAAAAUGAUCAUAACAUUAAGAAUAUUUUUGAAAUGACAUUGGUGCUUUUGUUAUCUUUGAGAUUGAGGAGAUUUGCCAUAUUUUUUUUUUAGUUAAUGAUCCGCAUGAACAUUAAAGCUCUAGAUUUGAAAGACGGAUAAAUGCUCCUUUUUGAUCCUGACGAUCAUUAAGACUCUAGCAUUGUAAAAGAGAUAAAUCCCCCUUUUUCAAAUUACUUUACCCCAAGGCAUUUUUCACAGUAUCGCCGUAAAAUCAUUACAGACACAAAGAUGUCUUUCACCCUGAAUUAUACCUAUUAAGAGCACUUGACUGAAAUUAGUCAUAAAAUCAAUGUCCUUUUCAGAAACACUAAUAGCCCACCUACCAUGUAAAAAGCAGUGUGCCAUUUUAUAAAUCAUCAAAAGGAAAAUAUUGAUUCAAAUUGUAAAGUCAUCAAGCAUUUAAAACUCUUAUUCAUACAGUUCUGUUUUUUUUUUCAAUAAUGGCCAUGAAAUGGGACCCAUUUUCUUUGUCCAUUAGUUCUCAUGUAUUAGGGUAUCUAAUAAGUCUUACCUUGAAAUUUGAACAAAGUUGACUGUAUUCAUAAUUGCUUCCCCAAGUCUAAUCUUGAACUUUUAUCCAACAAUAGCAAGCCCUCAGGUAGAGAUUUAACAUAAGAAAAUAUGUUGGCCCAAUUUUCACAGAAAACAGAAUACCUAAUGGGUGUUUCACAUCCCCCCCCAAAAUAAAUAAAUAAAUAGAAACCCAGCUUCAAUUAUUUUGAUGAUAUAUUCAGUAACUCAUCUGCAGUUAAAGAUUCAUAUUGGCAUCAAGUAGGAAAUUAUCAAGUUUCUAGGACCAUGGAUUACUGAAGACUUGUUUAGAAGUUUGCAGGACUGCAUUUGUUUUACUUUCAGCUUCACACAUAGUGCACAAUCAUGAACAUUCAAGACACAUUAAAAGACAUCCAAUAAAAUACAGCACACAACAUUACCCUGUCUGUCUAUUUCUACAUAAAGUGUAAUAAGUGAUCUUUCUACAUUUGUGUGCAUGUUAGAGAGAACAGUCAGUGAUGCAUAGUCCUCAAAAUCGUUAUCAUGGUAUAAAUUUUGAGAAUACUUGUCAGUUAAACUUUCAUUUGAUUGAUACACAUUUGAUGGCAACUUGUAUUCUUAUGGAGGAUUAUUACAUAGGGUUUUUUUCUUUAUUCAUUUUAUGUUUCAUUUCUUUAUGUUUGAAAGAUAUACUGGUAAAUGUGACCAAGAAGGUGAAAUCUCCUUGAUGAGACCAAGUGGUAAUUCAAAUUUGAAAGGGAGAAUGGUUUUGAUGUCUCCUGAAAUCAAUACUUAAACAUAAAAGGGGGGUGGAUAGGAAUAUACAAAUCAACCUUUAUUUUAUUUCUUCUUUCUUCAGACAUUAGAGUGUCCUAUCUCCUGAAAUCAUGAUUAUGUCUAGUGUUCAGUAGUUUUUGUUGGUUGGUUUACAUUUAAUGCCCUGUAUUGUCCUUCAAAGAAAAGCCAAUAAGUUAUUAUUAUUAUUUAUUACUUUUUUGUAAUUUGUUUUGUUGAUAUCUUGUAUUGUGUCUGUAAGCAUCAAGGAAUAAAGCCAUUUUGUAACAAAGGAA